AAGUAAAAUAAUAGAGAGAAAUACCGAGUCGUCAAGAGAGGAACCCGUACGCCGCCGCCAUCUUAUCCGAUAAUCGGUUAAAUAUAUAUAUAUAAAUACAAUUCAUGUAAUAUAUUAUAUUUAAUACAUAGAUAUAUAUAAAAGUGUGUAUGUAGAUACACAUACGGUUAUAUAGAUAAUUAUACUCGUUACUCGCGUCGUGAUAAUAUUAUAUUGUUUUUUGAUUCUGUCCGGCCGUCUCAGUCUGUGUCGUCUUGCGUUUUUAUCAAACUUUUUUUUACGUUGACGCGCCCCGUUCCGCAUACUCGCUCAUCUCAGCCUGCUUUUCGCCGUCAUACAUUACAGUUCAGCCGCUUUGACCAACAUCCGACAUCGAGAUGGGAAAUGUUUUUGCAAAUCUUUUCAAAAAUUUAUUUGGCAAAAAGGAGAUGAGAAUACUUAUGGUAGGGUUAGAUGCAGCUGGUAAAACCACAAUUUUAUACAAACUGAAAUUAGGUGAAAUUGUUACUACUAUACCGACUAUUGGUUUCAAUGUUGAAACUGUCGAGUACAAAAACAUCAGUUUCACAGUGUGGGAUGUUGGUGGACAGGAUAAAAUCCGACCACUUUGGAGGCAUUAUUUCCAAAACACACAGGGUUUGAUUUUCGUAGUAGACAGUAAUGAUAAAGAACGUAUAUUUGAAGCUAAAGAAGAGUUAAUGAGAAUGCUUGGCGAAGACGAGCUUAGGGACGCCGUAUUAUUGAUAUUCGCUAAUAAACAAGAUUUGCCUAAUGCCAUGAAUGCAUCUGAAAUUACUGAUAAACUAAGCUUACACACGCUACGCAAUCGUAACUGGUAUAUUCAAGCAACGUGCGCAACUAGUGGUGAUGGCUUAUAUGAAGGUCUUGACUGGCUGUCAAAUCAAUUGAAGAAUGCCAACCGUUAACCGACUCCAAACUACAUUAUUAUUAUUAUAAAUAUUUAAAUAAUAAAAAAAACUUUAUUUGUAAUUCGUGAAAACAAACUUAAGCAUAAUAUAUUAUAUAUAUAGCAGACUAAAGAAAUUUUUUUUACUCGCCAUCAAAAUUAAUAUUGUCAAAUGUGUUCUUUUAGUUAAACCAUUAGUUCUCUGUCCACAGUUGUAAUUAAUUUCUUAAUAAGUUUUAUCAUCAAGUUCAGUGAUCAAAACUAUUUUAAUGAACCAUUUGACAAAUAUUAAUUUUCAAUAAUAAAUACUUAUUUAAAAUAAUAAAAAAAAACACAAAUACAUAAUUAUUAAUUACUAUAAUUGUAUCUUUCCUCUAAACAAAACAUUUUAUAACUUAUAUUUUGUCUGAAUUUUGUAAUGCAGAAAAAAUAAUUGUUAUGUUGAUUUCCCACAUUUUUAUUAUUUUAGCUUUAUUUUGAAAUUUUAUUAUUAGCUUAAAAACACAUUUUUUUUUUAGUGUAUACAUUUUUUUAUAUAAAAGUUACAUACCCAAACCGCUAUAUAAAAAUAAACAUGUAUAAUUUUUUUUCUUUUUAAGUUAUACAAAAGCUGAAUUUUUUUGUAAAUAAAAUUUACUAUUUAUAUUACUAUUUAAAGUUUAAACAACACGUUUGAAUUUGUUUUAUAACUUCAGUUUGAUAUGCCUUUGUCCGACUGGUUUAAAUUAUACAUUACCGUUAAACUUAGUUAUUGUUAUAAAAUUACAUACAAGUUCGUAGUAAAUUCAAAAUUAAGAUUAGAGGUUUUAACCAUUUUCAUAACAUUUUAAACUAAAAAUAUCUGAUAUUAAGUCAACCGUUGGUAUAUAAUUCUGUUUAAUAUUAAAAUAAGUAUAUAACGACAUUCCAUUUAUGUUAACAUUCAAAAAGUGAAAGUCAAGUUUCACUGACAUUUUUCUUGUCUGCCCUUAACAAAUGUGCAGUAUUUGUUGUAUUUGGUGUUUGUGUCUUAAUUUGUUUCUCUCAUUAUAUUAACCGGUGGAAAACUUAUUGCUUAGUCAUCGGAUUGAGACUGAAAACCAGAAGACCUACACACAGUUGUUGCUGAUAUUAUUAUUAUUAAUAUUAAUUAAUAAUUUUUAAUUUUUGCUGCUCUUAAUCCUUGUCCAUCGGUCAUUAUAUUAACAUUAAUCUUGUGAAAGAAAAUACUCGUAAUAUUAUUGUAUUUCUAAUAAAUUUUAAAUACAUGUAAAUAUAUACUUUUUUUUAUAUAAUGUAUAUUAUAUACUGGGUCGUUUCAUUUAA